UUUGAAAACCCACGAGGCAAGGCAUACGAAAUAUAAACGAUAUUCUUGUGAAUUAUGUGGAAAGCAAUUGUCAUCAAAAGAAAGAAUGCAAUUGCAUCGUCGAAUUGUUCACGAAGACGAACGUCCACACAAAUGUACCAUUUGCAACUUGAGGUGCAGCAGUAUUAAGCAACUUCGGGUUCACAUGAACACUCACACUGGUGAAAAACCGCAUGAAUGUUAUUUUUGCGAUCGUAAAUACCGCCAUUUAAGCGAUUUAAAGGAGCAUCUAAGCAAGCAUAUCGGUGACAAAGUUUACCCUUGCCAUCACUGUAAGGCUUCCUUUAAGCUGAAGUCAGAGCUACGAGAUCAUUACAAAGAACACUUCCAGGGAGGUUCUCCAUCGAUGCUCCAACCAGAAGGUGAUUUCCGGUUUGCGCUGAAUUAUCUCUUGAGUUUACGAUACCCCAAAUAA